AUGUGGACCACGAGCGUGGCACUCGUGAGCAAGCGCUCCAUGAAGUAUCAAACCAAGCUACGUCACCGAUUUCGAAACCCGUCCGUGCUUCCGCUAAAGCAGACAAAAGCGCAGCGUGACGAGACCAUUCGCUCCGUACUGCAGGUGCGCAACAUCAACCCCGCCAACCAGUCGUCGUACCGUUAUGUCGAGCAGCGCCUCUACUCGACCGGGUCUCGACUCGAUCGCGAAGGAGUGAAGCUGAAUACAACGUACGCUCUUCAAGGCCUUGGCGACUUGGAACCUCUGCGCAACAGCAAGAGCUUCGGCUUUUCGGAGCGCGAGGCACUCAAGUACGACUCGCUGCAGCAAGCAGCCAAGUACGAGGCUCCUCCCGUGCCCUUCACGCCGCUGGCGGCGCGCAAGCUCGCCGAGGGAAAGCUGUGGCCUAGCGCGCCUGAGCCAGAUGGGAUGCUAAGCAGGGAGGUUCGCUAUCUGCGUCACCGCGCAAACAUGUCCCCGUCCGCGCAGACCUUCUCGGAUAAGAUCGCCUAUCAUCUUAGGCGCUCCCUCAAAGCUUGUCCUGCCCACAUCGCCGAGCAGAUGGACUUUGCGCAGCUGAUCAUCGAGGAGGUGAUCGCGUCACGCCGCUCCAAGUCGGUGUACAUUGUGUGGGCCACCGUUGACCCGGCCGCGCGCUUUGCGAUGGAGCCGCAACUGCACCGCCUCAAUCACUGGGUGCAGCGGCUCAUUAUGGAGCGCGUCCGAACCCGGCCAAACAUUCCGCAGAUUGCAUGGAUCUGUAACGGUGGCCGGCUGGAGCGCGAGCUGCCGCGUGAGCUGAAGGAGGAGAUGCAGGCGUACGCCAGCGACAACUCGUCGACGCUGGAGAUGCGGGUGAGGUAUCUGAAGGAGAUGGACACGGUGAACCAGCGCAUGCGCAACAUCCCAUGGUUUAUGCCGUACCUCUGGAGCAAAGAGGAAAAGGCUGGCAAGACGCGGCGGAUGCGCAAGGACUUGGAGGAAUAUGAGCAACGAUGCCUGGCUGCGAAGAAGGAUCAGCGGGAAUCGGAGCGGGACAUGAGCGGACGAAGCGUGGCCCCGCAGAUUGGCGCGCCUCCUGCGUACGUCCGCUAA